UGUCCACAACUGUGGCCGGGGGACUGCUUGUAAAGUAAACUCCGAUUGCGGUUAGCCUUGUUUCAAGUACGCCCAGCAGAGAUGGGUUAGGUUGAAAAAAACUUGGGUCAAAUUUCGGAUAACCCGGCCUAUCCUUACGCCAAAACUCUCCCCUCCCUUCCCCAAUAGAAAACCCCCAUUAAUAAAAAAAAUUUUUUUCUUUUAAAGAUGAAAGAUAAAUCAACAACAAUAUCAUCUUCUACAACAAAAUCGACAAAACAACCUAAAACAACAACAGCAAAUAAUCAUCGUCGAGCAAUUUCAUUAAAAAGAAAACCGAAAUUAAUUGGAAGGAAAGAAAUUAUAAAUCCUUUAUCAAUAGAUGCUUUAGAAUUUGAUUUAAAUAAAGAAAUGUCUUCAAAAUUAAAUGGAGGAGGAAGAGAAGAGGAGAAAGAGAAAUCUUUGGAUGUUGUAAGUGUACAUUCAGUAGAUGAUUUGAUUGAUUUAAAUGAUGACAAGGAAGAAGGGGAAGAGAAGAAGGAAGGAAUAAAGAAAGAAGGAAAAACAGCAUUAUUGUCUUCAAAUAAUCAUCUUCACUCACAUCUUCAUUCAAGUAUUCAUUCAAGUCCAAAUUUAUAUAUUCAAGCAACAACAACUACACCAAAUAGUAAUUCUCCAAAUAAUUCCUCUUCAUUUUCAUCAAAUUCCCAGUCUUUAAUUAUUCCAAAUGGAAAUACUUUAGCUUAUACACGUUCUUUACAGUCAGAACAAUUUAAAAGAAAAAAUAAUUGGGAGACUUUUGACUGA